AUGGAGACACAGCAACCACAGCAACCACCUACACCAGCCCAGAUUGAUAACUGGCAUGCCCUAGGUUUCAUAUAUGGAGUAGAAGAAGGAAUAGCGACAGAAGCUCCCACCGAUAUAUUACUCGAAUCUCCUGCAUCCCCUCCAUCCACCAUUCCCUUUGAUGAGGAUUCACCUCCGCGGCAGUUACCUAGCGAACGAGUGCUGUCGGGUGAAGAGGUUUGCGAAGCAGCAGGUUCCCCUUCACCAGUCAUCGAAAUCAGUGACGAUGAGGAGAAUCAUCAUACACGCCCACGACGUCGACGUAGGGGUCGCCCUGAUUAUGCUUAUCGAGAUUACCAAGAUACAAUGGAGCAUGCAAUUUCGGCACCGACCGUCGGCAAACGGAAAAGAGAAGAUUCCAAUGUGGUAGAUUUUCAAUCUAGAAUUAAGCGAUUUGUGAAGGAGGUCACGGAACCAUAUGAGGCCUUGGAACAGGAGAACAAACGAUUGAACCAAGAGAGUCACCAAUUGAAGAAGGGCAAGGAACAGUUGCAGAAGGACAAGGAACAGUUGCAGAAGGACAAGGAACAGUUGCAGAAGGACAAGGAACAGUUGCAGAAGGACAAGGAACAGUUGCAGAAGGACAAGAAACAGUUGCAGCUUCAGAUCCAAUACUUACGGCGACAGAUUGAUGAACAGAUGCGGCGCAAUAUUUUGAAGUGUGCUCUAUGUCAUCGAACGUUCAACGAAAGCUGGAAAUUUCUAGGAUGUGGCCACACUCUAUGUCAGACUUGUCUGGAGGAUAUCGAGUCCAAGGGUUUGGGGUUCGGAUAUCCUUGCCCUUAUCCUGAGUGCAAGAAGCCGAUUCGAUUUUGUUUAGACUUUUAUCCAAAUGUCGUGGAAGCAUAG